AUAACAAGAGAAAAAAAAAGAAGAAGAAAAAAGGAAGGCAAUCCGAAGAUUGGCCAAAGAGAUGAAAAAAAGUUGCUUGACUUGUUUGACCCGCGUUUGUGUUUCUCUGUUUGUGUGUGUCCUGUGAUAAAACAAAGCGAGAAACAAUAAAAAGGAAGGAAAAAGAGAACAAAGCAAGCGGUUUCCAGUCGCCAGCAACAUUCCAUGAAAAUCAGAGAUCAGAGGGCGCCCUAAUGACUUUGCACUGGCACACAAAUGACGAAUUAUGAGAACCUUAUAAAUUUGCCAUUAAACCUAAACUUUAAUGCAAAUAAUAAUGAGAACAAUGCCAAAAUUGCCAUCGCUGGCGAGCAGUUUCUGAAUAAGAUGUCGCAGCGGGAUUUCUCCGAGAACGAGCCGGAAUGCACGCCGGAGUUGCCCGCCGCGAAUCGCGCGCUCUUCCUGGAGAAGGUGCGCCAAUCGAACGCCGCCUGUCAGAGUGGAGAUUUUGCCACAGCAGUGUUGCUCUACACGGAUGCCCUGCAGCUGGAUCCGGGUAACCACAUCCUGUACAGCAAUCGCUCGGCGGCGCUGUUGAAGCAAGGACAAUUCGCAGCCGCCCUGCAGGAUGCAACGCAAGCGCGGGACUUGUGCCCCAAAUGGCCGAAGGCGUACUUUCGCCAGGGAGUGGCACUCCAGUGUCUGGGUCGUUAUGGCGAAGCCCUGGCAUCCUUUGCCUCUGGAUUGGCCCAAGAGCCAACCAACAAGCAGUUGAUGGGUGGCCUGGUGGAGGCGUCCCUGAAGAGUCCUUUGCGAACGGCACUGGAACCCACGUUGCAGCAAUUGCGCACCAUGCAGCUGCAGGAGUCGCCGUUCGUGGUCAGCUCGGUGGUGGGUCAGGAGCUCCUCCAGGCGGCUCAGUAUCCCGCAGCGGUGUCCGUUCUGGAAGCAGCUCUAAGGAUUGGCAGUUGCUCCCUGAAAUUGAGGGGUUCCGUAUUCAGCGCCUUGAGUUCCGCUCACUGGGCUUUGAAUCAACUGGAUCAGGCCAUAGGUUACAUGCAACAGGAUCUGGCGGUGGCCAAGUCCUUGGGAGACACGGCAGGCGAGUGUCGGGCUCAUGGAAACCUGGGAUCCGCCUACUUUAGUCAAGGAGCCCACAAGGAGGCACUCACAGCACAUCGCUACCAACUGGUUUUGGCCAUGAAGUGCAAGGAUACCCAAGCGGCGGCAGCAGCGCUGACCUCCUUGGGUCACGUGUACACGGCUAGCGGGGAUUACCCCAAUGCCCUGGCCUCCCACAAACAGUGUGUGCAGCUGUUCAAGCAGCUGGGAGAUCGACUGCAGGAGGCGCGGGAGAUCGGCAACGUGGGAGCGGUUUACUUGGCGCUGGGAGAGUGUGAAGCCGCCUUGGAUUGCCACUCGCAGCACCUGAGAUUGGCCAGGAAGCUGCAUGACCAGGUGGAGGAGGCCAGGGCGUACUCCAAUCUGGGUUCGGCUCAUCAUCAGCGGCGGCAGUUCACCCAGGCAGCCGCCUGCCACGAGCAGGUGCUCCGGAUUGCCCAGGCUCUGGGGGAUCGCUCCAUGGAGGCGGCCGCCUAUGCGGGAUUGGGUCAUGCGGCUCGCUGUGCCGGCGAUGCGAGUGCCUCGAAGAGAUUCCACGAACGCCAGCUGGCCAUGGCUCUGGCCGCGAGGGACAAGCUGGGCGAGGGCAGGGCGUGCUCCAACCUGGGCAUCGUCUACCAAAUGCUGGGAUCCCACGACGCCGCCUCGAAGCUCCAUCAGGCGCAUCUGGGCAUUGCCCGUUCGCUGGGCGAUCGAGCGGGCAUGGGCAAGGCGUAUGGGAACAUGGCCAGGAUGGCUCACAUGGCUGGGUCCUACGAGGCGGCGGUGAAGUACCACAAACAGGAGCUGGCCAUCAACCAGGCGAUGAACGAUCGCAGUGCCGAGGCGGCCACGCAUGGCAAUCUGGCGGUGGCCUACCAGGCUCUGGGUGCCCAUGAUGCCGCCUUGACCCACUACAGAGCUCACUUGGCCACCGCUAGAUCCUUGAAGGACACCGCUGGCGAGGCGUGUGCCCUGCUGAACCUGGGAAACUGCCUCAGUGGCAGGCAGGAGUACGAGGAGGCGGUGCCGCACUACGAGAGCUACCUGAUGCUCGCCCAGGAACUGGGUGAUGUGGCAGCCGAGGGAAAGGCCUGCCAUCUCCUUGGCUACGCGCACUUCUGCCUGGGCAACUAUCGGGCUGCUGUGAGGUACUACGACCAGGAUCUGGCCCUGGCCAAGGAUGCCCAGCAUCGACCGAACAUGGGAAGGGCCUACUGCAAUCUGGGCUUGGCUCAUCUCGCCUUGGGACACACUGCCGCCGCCUUGGAGUGCCAGCAGUUGUUUCUAGCGGUGGCACAUGCCACCAACCAGCUGCCUGCCAAGUUUAGAGCCCUGGGAAAUAUUGGAGACAUCCUCAUAAGGACGGGAUCUCACGAGGAGGCCAUCAAAUUAUAUCAGCGGCAGUUAGCUUUAGCCAGAGCAGCUGGCGACCGAUCCAUGGAGGCAGCUGCCUGCGGAGCUCUAGGGUUGGCCCAUCGACUGAUGAGAAGAUGGGACAAGGCGUUGGGUCACCACACCCAGGAACUAACGCUGCGCCAGGAGCUGGGCGACCUGUCCGGCGAGUGUCGUGCCCAUGGACACUUGGGAGCAGUGCACAUGGCCCUCUGCAGUUGGACAAAUGCCGUGAAGUGCUAUCAGGAGCAACUGGAACGGGCUCAGGAGCAACGGGAUGCUGCAGUGGAGGCCCAGGCGCAUGGCAACCUGGGAAUUGCUCGUCUGAAUAUGGCCCACUAUGAGGCGGCCAUCGGGUGCUUGGAGGCGCAGUUGGGAACCCUGGAGAGAGUCUCCCUGCCCUCCACUCAAUCGGACCGUGCUCGAGCCCUGGGACACCUUGGCGAUUGCUACGCCGCCUUGGGAGAUUACGAGGAGGCCAUCAAGUGCCAUGAUCGGCAGCUUCAGCUGGCCUUGGGGUUGGCCAGUCAUCGGGAUCAGGAGCGCGCCUACCGAGGAUUGGGUCAGGCACGCCGGGCGCUGGGACAACUGCCGGCUGCCUUGGUUUGCCUGGAGAAGCGCUUGGUGGUGGCCCAUGAACUGCACAGUGCGGAGAUCAAGGCACUGGCCUACGGAGAUCUGGGUCAUGUGCAUGCCGCCUUGGGUAACCACACCCAGGCUCUGAACUGCCUGGAACAUCAGCGGGAACUGGCACAGGGUCUCCAGGACCGCACCCUCGAAUCGGAUGCCAUGUGCGCCCUGGGUCAAGUGCAACAGCGGAUGGGUCAGCACUCGGAGGCCAUGGAACUGCAUCGGCAGGAUCUGCAGAUCUGCACGGAACUCGCUGCUCCCGCCUUGCAAGCCCGAACCUUGAGUAAUCUGGGAUCUGUCCACGAAUCCCUGGGUCAGCAGGCAGAAGCCCUCAAGUGCUAUGAACGCCAACUGGAGCUGAGUUCGGAUCGCUUGGCCAAGGCAAUGGCCUGCUUGGCCCUGGGAAGGGUGCACCAUCAGCUGGAGCAGCACAGCCAGGCGGUGGACUAUCUGCGGCAGGGAUUGGCGAGUGCCCAGUCCAUGGGAAAGUCAGAGGAGGAGGCCAAGAUAAGACAUCAAUUAGGUCUUGCCCUUCGCUCCUCUGGCGAUGCCGAGGGAGCCCACCUCCAACUGGAGACCGCCGCCCAGCUGCUGGAGUCCGUGCGCCACGAGCAGCGAAGUCCGGAGACGCGACUCUCGCUCUAUGAUCUGCAGACCAGCUGCUACAAGUUGUUGCAAGUGCUACUGGUGGCACUGAAUCGAAACGAGGAUGCUUUAGUGGCCGCCGAACGGUGCAAGGCUCGUGGAGGAGCCGAUGCCGUGAGCGGGGAGAGCUCCAAGGUGCCGUUGGCCAACAGUGAGGGCAUCCAGGAGACCGUGAACCGAGGAAGGACGUCCGUUCUCUACUACAGUUUGGCCGGGGAGCAACUAUUCGCCUGGUUUCUGCAACCUCAAGCGGGAAUCGUGCGUUUCCAUGCUGCACGAAUCGAUGCACACAGCCUGCAGCUUCCCCUGUCCCUCAGCGAGGAGGAGGAGGAGCUGGAGAUGCAGAGGGAGCUGGAUGUGGAACAGGAACCGGAGCAGGAUCAGCAGAACUCCAAGCAAGCCAAUGGUUUGCUGGAUCGAUACGUGAACUUGGUAAGGGACAAUCUGGGUGUGAACUCCCAGGUUCUCCUGCACGAAGGAGACGGAAGUGGCUGGCGAGCCAGCACGGAACAGCUGCUGGAGGAUCUGCCUGGAGCUGGAGGCGCCGGUGGAGGAGGUUUCCUGCGCAUGGUCAACCGGAAUCAGCUCCUCAACUCCUCGAAUUACUCGUUGAGUUCACUGUUCUCGGUGGGAUCGGUUGGUGGCUCCGUGGCGAGCCUUCAGGGUUCCACGCGGUCCGUUGGCAGUCGCAGUUCCCGCAGAGCUCCAUCGCUGCCCACCUGGCGAGGUCCCUCCUGCCUGCACACCCUCUACAAUUUGCUACUGGCUCCCUUUGAUGACCUACUGCCUCCCGGAGGAGCAAACGCAAGUCGACAAGGCAGAAGGGAACUCAUCCUGGUGCUGGAUAGCGCUCUCUACCUGGUGCCUUUUCCCAUUUUGAGGGCAGCUCGCGAGGAUGGGGAGUAUCUGUCGGAAAGGUGCGCCAUCCUCACCGCUCCUUCGUUGCAAUCUCUGCGAAGUCGCCCGAGGACCAGAAGAGAUCGAGCUCGUCCUCCAAAAGCUCUGGUGGUUGGCGGACCUCGCAUUCCAUCCUCCCUCGCGGAACGUUGGGGUUGGUCCGGUGCGGAAUCACCUGCCGCUCUGCAGGAGGCCGCCAUGGUGGCAGACAUGCUGCAGGCCACAGCUCUGGCCGGAUCCAAUGCCACCAAGGAGUCCGUUCUCGCGGAAUUGCCCUCCGCCGAGUGCAUUCACUUCGCCGCGAAUCUCAGCUGGCAAUCGGCGGCAGUCGUCCUGAGUCCCGGAGACGUGGUCACCGCCGAGCAGCAGCAGCAGAAGGAGCCGCACGAGCCGCAGAUGGCGGACUUCACCCUGGCCACUGGGGAACUGAGGCAGCUGCGCUUAAGUGCCCGCUUGGUGGUGAUGAGCUCGUACCACUCGGUGGAACCCAUCACCGGCGAAGGAGUGGCCCAACUGGCGGGCGGUUGGCUUCUGGCCGGAGCAGGAGCUGUGCUCAUUUCACUGUGGCCCGUCCCGGAAACGGCUGCCAAGAUCCUGCUGCGUGCCUUCUACUCCGCCUUGUUGCAAGGUGCCCGAGCAGCUGGUGCCUUGGCGGAAGCCAUGCAAACUGUGCAGCAUACGAAGCACUUUGCCCAUCCGGCCAACUGGGCUGGCUUCCUUCUGGUGGGCAGCAAUAUCAGGCUAUCGAACAAGGUGGCACUGGGUCAUGCCCUUUGCGAACUCCUCCGCACUCCGGAGCGUUGUCGGGAUGCUCUGCGCGUCUGCCUGCAUCUGGUGGAGAAGAGUCUGCAGAGGAUUCAUCGCGGCCAGAAGAAUGCCAUGUACACCACCCAGCAGAGCAUCGAGAACAAGGCAGGUCCCGUUGCCGGCUGGAAGGAUCUGCUGAUGGCUGUGGGCUUCCGCUUCGAACCGGCAGCCAAUGGCAUUCCGUCCAGCGUGUUCUUCCCCCAAGCGGAUCCCGAGGAGCGAUUGUCCCAGUGCUCGGCGAGCCUCCAAGCUCUGCUCGCCCUAACUCCAGCCACGCUCCAAGCUCUGGCCAAGUUGGUCCAUGUGAACAGUGCGGAGCAUGCGGAAGACAUAAUUGCCGUGGUGCGGAACAUCCUGGAUCAGUUUUCCGAUUCGAAUCAGGGCACCAGCUCGAGCUCCAUAAAAUCGGAUGUGAUCGCCGAGUCCUGCUUCAUAGAGAUGCCGCUGAGUGUAAGACUUUGGCGAGUGGCUGGAUGCCAUGAGCUACUCGCCUCCGUGGGCUUCGAUCUGACGGAGGUGGGUGCAGACCAGGUGAUUCUACGCACUGGAAAGCAGGCCAACAGGCGGCAGUGCCAGUUUGUGCUGCAGGCACUCCUUGCUUUGUUUGACACCCGCGAAGCACCCAAAACCCUGGGAAUGAAUUACAACUCCGACAACAGCAGCAGCUGCGAAUCUCUAGCGGAGCCGGAACUGGAUGCCCCACCAAUGCCGCCGGUGGCCAGCAGCACACCCUCCGUAAACGGCGCUGCGAAGGCUCCUCUGCCGCUGCAUCCGCGAAGUGCCUUCAUCUCCUAUGUGCGACGUCGUGGAGAACCGGAUGGUGGACGAACGGAAGCGAUUGGGGGAGCGGCAGGAGCGGGAAGUAACUGCUUGGACUCCAGUCUGGCCAACACCACCGACAGCGAGCAAUCCCUGUCGGAUGGCUAUGCCACUCAGCCUGGUUUCGGUCUCUCCAAUCCGCGACUCGGUUACGCCAGCAUGCGUGCUCCGGUGAGGGUUUCCCGACCAGGAGGCGGUGGCGAAAGCGAUGCAGCCUUUACUCCCAGCCCACCGGUGACCGAUCCCAGUUUGUCACUGGCUUUGGCCCACCAAACGCGCAUCAGGAGCUUGUAUUCACAGACCAGUUCUGCAGCUUCCGCUCCUGCGAUGUCAACAAUUAACAACCGCAGACCCGAUAGCUCCAGUUCGGCGAGUAGCACCACGGAUUGGGAGGGAUCCGGACAUGCCACGGUGCUCAGGCGUGCAGUUAACUCAGCUAUGCCGCAGCAGGCGCCUCCACUGCCACCGCCACGCCCACCAACCUUUCACAAUUUGGGCGUGGGCGCUGGAGGACGCAGCAAACCCAAGAUCAAGUUGGGCAGUGCCCAGAGCUCGCUGGCAGCACGGGUAAACAAGGAGCAUGCCCUCUUCAUGGACAGGUUGAGUGUCAGGACGGAGUUGAAUGCACCUGGAGCCUCGAAUGCCAUGCCCAGUGGAUCUACCACACGAAAACCUUUGGCUCUCCCGGAGGAAGAGGAGGUUUCCAAUGUGGUCUUCAAUCCUUCAAGCUUGUACUUCUCGCAAUCAGAUGGCGAUCUGCUAAACGAGCCAAAGCAGGAGGAAUCCCCUCCAGCAAGCAAAUCCAGUUCCAAGUGCCUGCAGGACAGCAUGAUGCGCCACAUGAACCGCGAACUGACUCCCAGCAUAUCGGAGCUGUAUCACGAACGGAACGUGGGCCUGGGAUUGGCUCCGCCGCUUUCCAAGCUUUUACUGAGUCCAAACUACGAAGAGCAGGAGGUGGUUUCCAUGGCCGAGGGCUGUCCACAAUCGGGAGCUGGCCUUAAAACUCUGGUGGAUGCUGUCAACGAACUGGAGCUGAGUGGCAGCUCAUCCGGAGCCACCAUGCCCACUGUGGUGGGUGGCGGAGGCAACGAAGGCGAGGGAUCUACAGCCACCGUUGUGGAGGCCACCUGUCCAAUUUGUGGCGAACCUGCUGAUGUGAUCUGUCGCUGCAAGGCGGCCACCAUUCAGAAGAAGAGCAUCCUGAAACCCUGGCUGAGCAACGUACCCGAUAGCAGUUUGGUGCAGGCCAGCGAACUGACCACGGCGGACAUAUUGGAGCGUCGCCUGGAGAUUCACACGUCCUCUGCCGGAGCUCCCUACUCCGUUGAUCUGUGUCGCAGGGAUGAGGGCGAUGGAAGAUCGGUGGCGGACUCACAGUGCAGCAGCAACUACAAACGAGUCCUGGCCAGCGUCAACGGAGGAGCAGUUAGCCUUGUGGGGAUUAGCAAUGGAAACGAUGCGGAGGCACAGAGCACUCCCUCGGGAGCCACCUGCUCAUCUGCCCGCCUCGUCUAGCCUUAUUAAUUUAUUAUCCAAUGUAUUUAUUGUUUGGUUCUCAACGAACGUCUUUUAUGUAUACUUUAUCUUCAUAACCAAGCCACUGAUUAAAAAUUAUUCAAUUACUUUUUAAAGAUCAUAAGAUAAUAAAUUAAAUAGAAUACGAAUUAGCAAAAAUAAACUGUUAAACUGAAUCAAAAA